AUGGCCACCGAGGACUUAUACGGCAUUGAGUCGGGGGCAACGAAAAAGAAGAAGCGCCGUCAUCGUCAUCCCAAGCCUAAUCCGAGACUCCCAACUGACUUCCUUGCCCUUCUGUCCUGGGAUUCUUGGCUCCCGUGGCCAAUUGAUUCCAAGAAAACCCAUAUGGGCAAGACAUCGCGCAAGCAUAAGAGGUCUAGGAAGAGAACAUCUCACUCGGGCACCUCACACCGUGUGCAAUCUUGGGUUCAGGAAGUGACUUCUCAAGUGACGCCCUCCGAGCCCCCGAUACCGCCAACUGUGCCAUCUCUAGCACCAUUAACCCCCCCCCCCACCCCUUCACAUCCAGUUUCGUCAUCCCCCGGGCCCCAGCAGGGAGCAGAGGUCGAAGAGGCUGGAGAGGCUGAAGAGGCUGCUUCGAAUAACGGUCAAAUGGUGGUCUCAAACCAUGGGCCUAGCUCCUGA